AUGGAUGCACACCGCCUGUGUGAUAUGGCUUUGGAACUCGACUAUGAGCUGUUUUUCGAAGAUCUGCAGUCCCAUUUCGGCUAUAGUCAUAACAUCCGUGCGCUUCUGUGGGACCCGCGAAGUCAGAUUAUCGGAUUAGACUGUGAAUAUAUUAUCAGCGAAGCAAAAGAGGAACAACAGGAUGAGGACGUGAAGUGUUCGGUUGAAGAGAUUCAAAGGAAGCGCAAGAAGGGGAAUGAAAAAUAA